AGUAAUUUAAUAAAACGAUGGAAUAUUUUUGAAUAAUAAAUAAAAAUUUGCCAAAAAAUAAAAAUGUGGCAUUAUGUUGCGAAUAAUUCUACAAUUAGUAAAAUACCAAAAGUUGGCUAGAAAAUAUUCAAAAUUUCAUGUUUUAAAAAAGUUGUUAAUAAGCGAUUGAGGCCAUUUAAAAUUAAAUGGCACGUCGGGGAGCAGUGACAUCACGAUUCAAACGUCACGACGCGAAGGUAUUCAUAUUCUUAUUAGCGUCAGACCAUAUUGUGAAUUUGUAUAAAAAUUAUGUACACCUUGUAUUCGAAACAUUAUUGGAAAUUGUUUGCCGAUUAAUAUUCAAAAUUUCAACACAAAGUGAAAACUACACUCUAUACACAAAUCUUCAUGUAAUAGAAAUUUUUCUGACAUAUAUAUGUUUUUUUAUUAUUUUUAUAUUUUAAAAAUGAUUUUUAACUAUUAAUUAUCAUUUACGUUAAGCGUAACUAUUUACUUACUAUAAAAGUGAAAAAAAAAAUGUGAAUUCUAAUUGCUAUAUAAUGUAUCAUCAGCAAAUUCGAACUUCAUUUCAUAGACAUAUAUAUACAUAUUUAUGGAUGGGCUCUUUUAGCAACAAAAAUGUUAUGAUUAAAGUAAAAUUCUUACAAGACAUAAAAUGAAAGAUUAAUAAAUUGAAACAAAAAAUAGUGCCAUGCAGCCCCGUCUAGAUGGGAAACUGGCUUUAUUAUAUACAUUAUUAGUUCUACAAGUUCUAAUUGUUAUAAUUUAUGUUGCUACAACUCCUCCUUCUGAAUUAACUGUAUCUACAACUCAUACUUCUGUUACAUUUGUAAAAUUUGAAGAAUCACAAGAACCAAAAAUUCAGCAAACUAAUUAUAAAAAGUUUCCCAUCUACCAGACAAUCAAUGAAGAAAUAAUAUUAAAUGAAAUCAAGACUUUUACUUUGUUUGAAGUAUACAAUCAUACUAUUUGUUGGAAAUAUGGAGUUGAUGAAUCAAAAAUGAGAGGUAGUGAAGAUCUUCAAAAAUGUAUUUGUAUACAUGGGUGGCAUGGCUCAGAUUGUGGUCAGCCAGAAGUUGUUUGGAGAGCAAUUAUGGCAUCAAAGCAAAAUGUUAAAUUAAAACAUCGUAAAAUAGCUAGACGUAUCAUUCAUACAUUUUUUCUACAUGAACAUAACUCAGCAAUUGCAGAAGUGAUAGUAGAAGAACUAUAUAAUGUAGUAGAUCUUUUUGUAAUCUGUGAUUUUAGUAAUGCAGAGGAUAAUUUCCAUCAUAAACUACUUAAAGGUUUAUUACAACAGAAACAGAAAAAAAUUUUAUAUAUUAAUAUAUCAACGAAGUUGCACAAACCAUCAAGAAUAUUAUCUAAAUAUAUUUGGGAAAAACUUAAGACUGUAAUACGAAAUUUAAAAGACGAUGAUAUUUAUAUAACAACCGAACCAGAACAAAUAUUAAAUUCCAGGGCAUUAAUGUUCCUCAAGGUAUAUAAUGGAUGGCCCCAACCUAUUGGUUUUAGAUUAAGAUGGUCUGUUUAUGGAUUCUUUUGGCAACAUCCACUUAAAACAAUGAUAACAGUUGGUGCAUGUACAAUUGGAUUAAUGCGAGAAGCUUAUCAAUCAAAUUCUAUCAUGUUGGAACAACUGGAAGGAGAUUUAAGUGAAAGAGAUAGUCUAAGUCUAGUGAUAGGAGAUUUAAAUCAUUAUGGAGGGUGGUACUGUUAUUUAUGUCAGGCACCCGCGAAUAUUAUAACCAGUUUACAUAAUAAAGUUAAAUCUAAAGAAAUUCAAAUAGAAAAAACUAUUGAUGUACCAUUCAUUGAGGACCUAAUAGGAAGUGGAUUAUGGUUAGAUGGGAAAACUAAUCUUCUAAGAGUCUCUAAAUCUCAGGACCUCUAUUUUGCGCCUGAAACAAUACUUAAUAAUACAUGGAAGUAUGACUGGCUAGUAGAAAAUUUUUAUGCUAAGUUAGACUAUUAUUGACAUAUUAGUCACACCUGACUGUGAUAUUAACUCAUACUCAAUACUCAAUGUAAACUAAUAUUGUACUGAAUUUAUAUACUAAAAUAAUAUGUUGAAUGAAU